UUAUUCUUUAAUGACCUAUUGUUGCAUAUUAUUUCUUCAUAGCGUAUAUUACUACAAAGAUUUAGAACAAUGCUUCAAAGUUUAAAUGACUUAAAAAGUAAUGACCCUGACAUUUGUUUUCGAAUUAUUAAUGUUUUAAUUAAAAUAAUUGAUAAUAUACUAAACAAUCCACACCUGUAUAAAUUCAGAAGACUUUGUUUAAAUAGUAAUAUAAUUCAAAAUGAACUUUUACCUUACAUUGGUGCUAUGGAAUUUCUUUUAGAAAUUGGGUUCAUUGAGAAUAAUGAUGUGCUAGUACUUCCUGAUUAUGUUGAUCAAUCUGCACUUGAAGGUUUCAAACAGGAGCUCUUACAAAUUAUUAAAAUAGAUGGUGAACCUAUUAUUAGUCUUGAUAAAAAUAACAAAUUUCUUAAUGAAAUAAAUUCCAUUUCCUUUGAUGUUUUAUCUCAUGAAAAUAAAAUUUUACAAAAAAAAGCUUUAGAAUGUUUGUCAACAGAACAAGUCUCUCAAUUUUCUAUUAUUAAAAACUCAGAAAAUGAUUCAUUUUCUCAUGAGAAUAAAAUGUUAGAAUUAAUGAAAUGGUUUAAACAGUCAUUUUUUAAAUGGUUUGAUGUACCCCAUUGUAAGUAUUGCUGUAUUCCUACUAAAUUUAAAGAAAUAAAGCAUGGUACAAAAGAUUUAAAUGUCAGAUAUGUGGAAAUAUAUAAGUGUCCUAAAUGUAAUUGGACAACAGAAUUUAAAAGGUUCAAACUCUGUGAACAACUUUUAAUUACUCGGAAUGGUAGGUGUGGUGAAUGGGCUAAUUGUUUUACAUUAUUUUGUCGAGCUCUUGGAUGGGAAGCCAGAUAUGUUGUUGAUCAAACUGAUCAUGUAUGGACAGAAGUUUGGUCAGUAACUCAAGAACGUUGGAUUCAUUGUGACUCCUGUGAAGUUGCUUUAGAUAAACCUUUGUUGUAUGAAAAAGGAUGGGGAAAAAAAUUGUCUUAUAUUAUAGCAUUUUCUCAUGAAGAAGUACAAGAUGUAACUUGGCGCUAUACGAUUAAAAAUGAUGAUAUCUUAACCAGAAGAAUAUUGUGCAAUGAAAAUGAUUUAUUAAAAAAAAUUUUAUUGUUAUCAGAAGCAAGACAACAAAAUGUAUCUUACAUUAGACGUAAAUACUUAGCUGAAAGACGUUUAAAAGAAUGUUUUGAGUUAUUAUUUGGUUCAAAAAAUAUUGACACUGACAAUUAUAGUGGUAGAAUAUCUGGUGCUCUUGAUUGGAAAUUAUCAAGGGGUGAAACAAGAAUUCAACAUUUUGUAUGGACUCCAACACAAGUUGAAAUUAGUAAAAAGAAAUUUGAAAUAAAGUAUUCUACUGCUUUGGAUCAGUACAUUCACGAUGGGCAGCUUAUAAAAGGAUGGCAGAAUGGUGUAUACUAUGUUCAUUCAAUAUUUCGUAAAGAAGAAUUUGAUUGGAAAAAAGUAUAUUUGUGCCGUGAAGAAAACUCUAAUACAGCAAAAAUUGAAUGGAUGUUUGAUUUCACAGAAUCAAACUUAGCUGUUGAAAGAAUCACAUUAAUUUAUUUAUCCAGUCUAUUCGAAACUGGUGAUGUUAAAUGGAUAUUAACUGGAAAUAAUAAUUCUGUUGUGAAUUUGUCUGUUAUUCAAAAUGUUCAAAGUGUUCAUAUUGAUCAGUUUAUUGGUUGUAACAAAGUAAAAUUAAUUGCAACUUUAUUUGGGGGAUCUGGUGAACAUGCAUGGCAGCACACUCAAUUAUUUAGACAAGAUUCAGACUCAGAAGAAUUUCCACUUCAAGUGUUAAUUAAUUUAAAAUAAUAUAACUGCAAUAGAUUUGUUUAUAUGAUUCAAUGUGUAAAGUAUAAUAAAAUAAAUAAUAUAUAUAUACAUAUGAUUAGUGUUUAAGUUAAAUUAUGAUUUAAAUGAAUUAAAAAAUUUAAUUUUAAUAUAAUUACAUAAUGAAUUUUUUGUAUUUAGUUAAUUAAAUAUUAAAGCUAUUGUUAAAUUAAUAA